AUGUUGUUCAAGUCUAAACCAGAUUCUAACAAACGAGAUCAAUUUUCACCAUCCGAAUUAGAAAGACAAAACUUAAAAUACACGGAUUGUUCAAGACGGUUUUAUCAAGUAUCCCGCGACUUUUCCAAACAAACUCAUUUUGUUCAUGACUCAGAUAGUCUUGUUUUAGAAGAUGAACUUCAAAGGAUCAAAUUAUCUAGUAAUUGUAUUGAUGUACAUGAGGUGGUUACUGGUGUAGUUGUUGCAAUACUUGGGUCUGAAGAUGAAGAUGGGAUUUUUACAAUCAAAGAUAUUUGUUGGCCGGAAUGCAAUAUACAAAAACCUUUACCAAAGCUUAAUACUGAUAGAUAUGUAGUACUAAUGUCUGGUCUCAAUAUGGCAUCCAAAUCAGCUGAACAUUUAUUUUCAUUGAAUCUAUUCCUUGAAUGGAUAUCUGGAUUUUGUGGUACAACAGUAUAUCAAGAAGAAAUCUCUAAGAUCGUAAGAGUUAUUAUUGCAGGUGGCGUUUUCGCAAAUCAUUCAAAUGAGGCAACUUUAAAUGAAUCAGAUGUUAUUGCAUCUGCUGAUUCAGUUGAUGGUUUUUCUGCGGCAUUAAGUGCAGUGGCUCCGGUGGAUUUAAUGCCUGGAUGCAAAGAUCCUUCAGGUAUCAUGUUACCUCAGAAACCAUUCCACUACUGUCUGUUCCCAAAGUCUGUGGAGUAUAAAUCAUUUAACCGAGUAUCUAAUCCAUAUGAAUGUGAGAUUGGUGGUUUCUUGUGUUCGGGUUCAUCCGGGAAACCAAUUAAAGAUAUAAUGAAAUACAGCAAACUUGAUAAUGAAUUAGAAAUUAUGAGAAGGACCUUACAGUGGCGCCAUCUUGCACCUACAUGUCCUGAUACUGUCCCUUGUACACCUUGCAUAGAAACUGAUCCAUUUAAAUAA